AUGCCGCCGUCCCGUUGCUCCACGGAGCUUGAUCAGUUCUGGGAAUCGCUGAACACCGUCGACGACGUCAGCUUUACUGAUGAGUCUCAGCGACUUCGCGCAGUUGACGCGCUGGGGGCAGCGUUGAGGAGAGUGCAGCGGCCGGCUGAGGUUGUCUGGGAGCAGCUCUGGGCAGAUCCUGCAGUGCUGUCUGCAAUCGUGACACUAAUCGAAGCCGAAUUUUGGACAAAAUGGGGUGCAGCAGGAGGAGAAUCUGCUACAAGCGAUGAAUUGGCCCGAAUGGGUGCCAUUGAUGUCGCGCUACUCAGUGAGUCGUGCGUACGCCUGCGGUGUUCCAAUCUCAUCCGGGAGACCAAGGUCGAUACUUACGCCCUGACUGCUUACAGUGCGGCCUUGACGGAUCUCAAAUUUGCCAACAUCUACGCCUGUGGUGUCGAUGCUUUUUGGUCCAGUCUCAUGAACUUUCCUCGCUUCGCCUCGAAGACUGGAUAUCGCAAUCCGUCAGACGCCGAUCAUACCAACUUCCACGACUGGAGUGGUGGCGAGAGCUUUUUUGGCUACCUCGCCGCCAGUCCCCGCGUAGGUGCAAGUUUUAACGAUGCUAUGACGAUGUAUACUACGCUUUCCGCGCCAUGGACUGAGGUCUACCCUCUGGACAGUAUUGCAGGCCAGACUCGGACUGACAUGCCGGUGCUAGUCGACGUCGGCGGCGGAGUUGGUCACGACCUGGAGAUACUGCGCUCGCACUUCCCAGAUCUGCCACAGGGCUCACUUGUGCUGCAAGAUCUUGCGCCUGUCAUUGCUCGAGCCCAGGUGGCCUCACCUGUCGAGGCUCUCGCGCACGACUUCUUUACUCCGCAGCCCAUCAAAGGCGCCUCUUUCUAUUUUCUGCACUCUGUGCUGCAUGACUGGCCUGAUCCGGAAGCCGUGAAGAUACUGCAGAACCUCGUUCCUGCCAUGGACAAGAGCCACAGUCGCAUUCUACUUCACGAGGCUGUGAUCCCACCACUGAAAGCGAAUUCACGGAACACAGUAUCGGACAUGUUCAUGAUGUGUUUAGUAUCUGCCCACGAGCGGACUGAACAAAUGUGGUCGGACGUGGUCGAGUCGGCCGGUCUACGAAUCAGAAAAAUCUACACAUCACGGAGAAGCACGGAGGCUAUAAUUGAGAUUGAGCUUCAUUGA